UUCAGUAAAAUGCUAUGUAUUCUCAUAGCAAUAUUCUGUGGCGAUAUUUUAUAAUUGUUGAAUUAAUAUUGUGUAUUAAUUGAAUAUAAAGUUCUUAUUAUAACUUAGAUUUUACUGAUAAAAUAUUAUAAGAUAUUUAUUUGUAAAUAAUUGGUUUAUAUUCCAUGUUAGCUUUGAUUAAUUAAUAGAUUAUACGACAUAACGUAUAUUCUUAAAUAUUUUGUGUUAAUAUUCCAUAGUACGUUUUUUGUGUUAACGUACGCGGCGCAAAAAUGGAAGCCGCAGCUUCUAUAUCACAUACAAUUGCAAGCAAUAACCAGUAUGGUGGUAAAAUAGCUGGAUUAUACGAUCUUUUAGAAACACUGGGCUCCGGGCAUUUCGCAGUGGUUAAACUAGCCCGACAUGUUUUCACUGGUGCUAAGGUAGCGGUAAAGGUGGUUGAUAAAACCAAGCUAGAUGAAGUUUCAAAAUCCCAUUUAUUUCAAGAAGUUAGAUGUAUGAAACUAGUGCAGCAUCCAAAUGUAGUGCGACUAUAUGAAGUAAUCGAUACUCAAACAAAGUUGUAUUUGAUUUUAGAACUUGGUGACGGUGGUGAUUUAUACGACUACAUUAUGAGACAUGAACGUGGUCUUAGCGAGGAUCUCGCUAAGAAGUACUUUCGACAAAUUUUACGGGCAAUUACAUAUUGCCAUCAAUUGCAUGUAGUUCACAGGGAUUUAAAACCAGAAAAUGUAGUGUUCUUUGAGAAACUUGGAGUAGUGAAACUUACAGAUUUUGGGUUUAGCAAUAAGUUUUCACCUGGACAGAAGCUUGAAACUUUUUGCGGAAGUUUAGCUUACUCUGCACCAGAAAUAUUACUUGGAGAUUCUUAUGACGCACCUGCAGUUGAUAUAUGGUCUUUGGGAGUUAUUUUAUAUAUGCUCGUUUGUGGACAACCCCCUUUUGAAAAGGCAAACGAUUCAGAAACUCUUACAAUGAUAAUGGACUGUAAAUAUACAGUGCCGCCUCAAGUAACUCCAAGUUGUCGCAAUUUAAUUGCAUCUAUGUUAGUUCGAGAUCCCAAAAAGCGUGCAAGCCUGGAAGAAAUCGCGGCUGAUUCUUGGUUAAAAGAUGACUUACACUGCGAUGCUUCUGAAUAUUUACCAUUGAUAAGUCGUCAAGAAAUUAGCGAAGAGGAUCAUGCAUUUAUUUUACAAAAAAUGAUUGGUGGCAAUAUUGCGUCCAAAGAAGAUAUUAUGCAAUCACUAGAUAAAAAUCUUUACAACCAUAUAACAGCAACAUAUUUUUUAUUGGCUGAAAUAAGACUACGAAGGCAACGUGAAGAACUUAACUUGAAAACUAAUCUUGAUACUUUUUUGAGCAAUAAUGGAGCACUGAAGCACAACUGCAACAAUUUGGGAAGAAAGCAAGAUAAAAAGAUGAAAGCACCGGACAACAAUGUUUUGGUUCCUAUUAGUAUUAAAGUGUGCAGUACUGAACAGUAUUCAAACGAAAAUAAUACGGACAAAAGAAGUCGAAAAUGUAGUAUUGUUCGAGAAGAAGAUGAAGAGGAACCCAUGCUAGAACAAGGUGAAACAAAUGUUCUUAAAAUUGCUAAUGUUCGCAAAGAAUCAAUAUCAGAUGGCCGUUUGAAUCAAUCAGUUCACGAAAUAUCAACUCAGCAUGCAACCAUCGUAGCACCACUGAAAUCAUGCCCUAAAAUUGCUGCACCUGAAGGCUUAACGGCCCAAAAAUUUAAUAAAAUUAACAAGCAUAAUAUUGAUUCUAAUACCCAACAUUUUGCGACACAAAAAAAAUCAUUGACAAGUGCUGAUGCAUCACAAAUAACAGUGCAUGAUGCAUUAAAAGGAUUUCAAGAUUUAGAUAUAUCUAAAAUAAAACCAAUAACUGCGAAUACUAAAAAUCCUGUUUUGACGCAACGUCGUGCUAAACUUAAUAAAAUUAGAACUCCUUCAUGUAGUAGUUCUGAGGCUUCAGAUGACGAUACCAAAGCUCGAAGUAAGAAGAAAAUGCAUAAAUUUGUUGGUGAUACUCCAACAAGAUUGAAAAUGCAUAGAAGGGACUCUCACGAUGAUUCAAGUGAUUCGCAAGAUCAAACUUUUUCUUCUUCUGGCUCACACAAUCAAUCUGCUAAUCCGGACAAAUCGAGCAAUAAAACACAUGCAAAAGAGAAUAAAUCGGAAGAAACACGCAAAUCCACAAAUACGCAAAAAAAUCAAAAACAGAAAGAUGCAAAGCAACAUUCUUUUUCAAAUUCAUUUUUAAGAAGGCGAAGAAUCCGUGAAAGUCAUUCACUUGAUCGAAUUACUGAAGCUCAAGAAUUUGAAAUGCGCCAUCGGCAUCUGGCUACUGAAACGCAAGUCGACAGAAGAAAUUCUUUAUUCAACUUAAAUUCGAUGUCUGUAGCUGAAACGAAGGAAGAAUAUGAAGAAGAAUCUCAGGUUAUCUUAAAAGAAUGUAGCUACUUAAAAUAUAAUAUAAAUGUCGUUGAAACAGCUAUUCACUUAAAACGCACCAAACCUAUUUGCAAUUCAAAUAGUUUCAAAUCAAUGGAGGAGAUUGAUAUAAUUCUUGAAGAUAACAGCUUAGUAAGAGCAAUACAAUCUACAGGAUCAAAAUGUUUUUUCACAAUUAAAAAAAUCCGUCGACUUGGAAAAUACUUUCCGGUAGUUAAUUUUUUUUAAUAAAAAAUUAUAUAAUAUUUGCUUUUAAAUGAUUAAUAAUUAAAAUUUUAAAAUUUGUAUUUUAAAACAUAAUUAUAGAUCAUAGUUCAAUAUUAUAGCUUCAAUCCAAUUUCGUUACAUUGUUAUAACACAUAGGAUAUAAAUCAAUACAUAAAUAAAACUUCAUGAUAUAGGACAAUUUUUUUCUUGAAGAUAAUAGAAUA